AUGAGGAAGUUGCCGGAAGAGUCGGAAGUGGUGGACAAGACGGCAGAUGAGCCGGAAAUCAAUAACUCAUUGGUGAUUUGUGGUGGUGGUGGUGGUGGUGGUGAUGAUGAUGAUGAUGAUGAUGAUGUCUUUGAGCUCCCGGGGAACUGUACGUAUAUUAUCCAAAACCAAGUCAAGACACAAUCCGAUGAAGCAGGUAGCUACCUAGGCACUUCUCAACAGGAAGCUCUGUCCGGCCAUGGUGCCGCCAGUCACCCGGUUAUCCGUCAAGAAAAGGAUCUUCUUCUAGAACCCGGGAACCGCUUAAUAAUGCAGUGGCUUUUUGUGAUCCGUAUAUCCGCUUGGGAGCUUAUGCUUAUUCCUAAUGGCUCCGGAGUCCGAAAGUCUAGAGAGUAUGGAUGGGAUGGACCUUUUUGGUCCAAGUCAGCCACAAGUGAGCUAGGAGUUACUUUGAAAUACUCCAAGAAUCCUGUCACUGAACUGGCAAAUAACAAUGAUCUCCUCCCGUUGCUCGGGGGCUCCUGCAACGUCAUCGCGCAGCCCUUGCGACUGGUGAUCCCACGGGGCAUCCGCAUAGCCGUGAUGGAUGAAAAACGGGGCACGGGCUCGGGUAUUUCGCGAUUUGGCCAUCUCACAGACCUCCGAAUCUCAAUAAUCUAGGUAGGUGCCACAAAGGUAUCCCUGGAUAUUGGUUCAGAAGAAGCGAUACGUUCCACGGUGGGGUAGCACUUACUCGACCUUAAUCCGACUUAACCUAGAUUAUCAUGUCCCUUUUUUCAGUCAAUUUAUGCAUCUAAACUCUUUGUUUUGUUCAUAAUUAGCUGGUAACCCACGUGAUAUUGCCACUCACGGUCAUACCAGCCUUCCUAUGGACUUCCGCCGACAUAUCCGGUAGGUUAUAUAGGGUUUGGGCACGAAAAUUGAACCGAAUUGU